CCUCCCCACUCAUUCACUCCCUCCUCUCCACCACGGCCUCCUCCCUCCCCCGCCCUCCGCCGUCGCCGCUCUUCCAUGGAAAUCUCCCCCUUCCCCUUCUCCGACGACUGCUCCGCCUUCUUCUCACUCGUCCAGGACUUCACUCCGCCGGAAAUGGCGUCGCCGCCCAAGCGCCCGAGGACCGCGCUCCUCGAAGAUGACGAUUCGUCGUUUCAGGAACUGAUGAACAAGCUUCUCGCCUUCGACAAUCCGCCGGAGCUAAAAACCACCGCCAAUUCCAAUCCUCCUCCACCUCCUCCGCCGCCGUCAAUUUCGCCGGAAUCUAACAGCAAUCGGAUCUCCACCGACUUCGGCGACAUCGAUUACCUCGAUUUCACCGCCGGUUACCCUAAUUUAAUCGAUUCCAGCAUUUCCCCCAAAUUGAAGCGCCCUCGCUCCAACUCCGACUUCGCCGGCGCCGUCUCCGACGACUCCGGCAACCUCCCGCCACGCCGCCUCUGGGUAAAGUCCCGAUCGAACGCCUGGUGGGAGCAAAUCAAUAGCCCUAAUUUCCCCGACGCCGACUUCCGGCGCGCCUUCCGAAUGAGCCGCGCCACAUUUGACAUGAUCUGCAACGAGCUCGAAUCCGUCAUCACCAAAAAGGACACGAUGCUCCGCACCGCCAUCCCCGUCCGGCAGCGGGCCGCCGUCUGCAUCUGGCGGCUCGCCACCGGCGAAGCCCUCCGGGAAGUCUCCAAACGCUUCGGCUUAGGCAUCUCCACCUGCCACAAGCUCGUCCUCGAGGUUUGCUCCGCCAUCUGUACCGUCCUAAUGCCGAAAUUCCUCCGAUGGCCGGACGCCGCCCGAACCGCCGCCAUAAAAAAUGCCUUCGAAGCAUCCUCCGGCAUCCCCGACGUCGCCGGAGCAAUCUACACCACCCACAUUCCGAUCAUCGCCCCGAAGAUCAACGUCGCCGUCUACUACAACAAAUGGCACACCGAUCGAAACCAAAAGACAUCGUACUCGGUGACGCUCCAAGGCGUAGUCGACCCGAGCGGUGUCUUUACCGACAUUUGCAUCGGCUGGCCGGGUUCAAUGUCCGACGACCGGGUCCUCGAAAAUUCGGCCCUUUACAGCAGGGCAAACAGGGGAGCUCUAAUCAACUCGUGGAUCGUCGGGGGAUCGUCUUACCCGCUGACCGACUGGGUUCUCGCCCCCUACCCGAGCGGGCAGCUCACGUGGGCCCAGCACGCGUUCAACGAGAAAGUCGAGGGGGCCCGAAUGGCGGCGAAGGGGGCCUUUUCGCGGCUGAAGGCACGGUGGAGCUGCCUGCAGAAGCGGACAGAGAUGAAGCUGAAAGAUUUGCCGGUGGUGCUCGCGGCGUGCUGCGUGCUGCACAACGUUUGCGAGUCGAGGGGCGAGGCGUUGAGCCCCGACCUGAAGUUCGAGGUUUUCGACGACGAGGUGGCGCCGGAGGAGAACGUGAAGUCCGUUACGGCGAUGCACGCGAGGGACGAGAUCGCGCGUAAAGUGUUGCAUCACGAAUUCGUCGGGACGAAUUAUUUGUAGCGCUUUUGGGUCGAGGAUUUUGCUCGAGAUUUUACUGUUUAUUUUUAUUUUUUUUAUAUUAUAAUGAAAUUAAUUUUAUAUUUAAAAUAUUACAUUAAUCACAUAACAUUAUAUUAAUAUUUUAUAACUUAUUGCAACGA